UAUUAUUAUUAUUAUUAUUAGUGUAAUUAUUAUGCACAGAAGGUUAAUUGUUUUUGGAGCUGCCAUCUCCAGUCGGCGCACCACAUCACAUCACGUCACUGCUGCUGCGACAAACCGCAGUGGAAGCUGUCUUUGAACACAUCAGCUGAUGCUACACCUUUUUCAGCACCGCGGACAGCUCCGUUCUGCUCAGCAGGGCAGAUGGCGACGGGUAUAAAAAGGCCGCAUGGAGGAGCAACAACUCUGCACCGGAGAUCACCACCGACAGCCUCCUGAGUCACACAGCAUGGACAACAACAGCAGACUCCGCUUUACGCACAGCAUCACUCGAGAUGAGUAUCUACAAUACAGGCCAGCACCACGCACGGCAGUGGAUGCCAGCUUUCUGUCCACUGGCAUGAAUUUGACCAAAUCUGCUGGGAAGUUCAAUGAGAAAGAGCUGAUGCGUGGCUUGAACGACCGUCUUGCAGGAUUCAUAGAGAAGGUGCAUCACCUGGAGCACCAGAAUCAGCUGCUGGAGAGAGAAAUCGAGGAGAUCAGAGGCAAAGCGAAACCCGCAUCUCGUCUUGAGGAGGAGUACGCACCAGAGCUCAGGAGACUGAGGCAGCUGGUUCAGGACAUCACUCAUCAGAAGCACCAGAUCGAGAUCGAGCAUCAGAAUCUGGAGGAAGAGCUGUGCAGCUUGAGAGGACAACAUGGACAGGAGGAGCAAAGCAGAUCGGAUGCUGAGAGAGCUAUGGUUGUCCUCAAGAGGGACAUUAGUGACGCGUAUCAGGCUAAACUGCAGCUGGACAAGAAAGCGCAACAUUUGGUGGAUGAAAUCGAUUUCCUGAAGAGAAACCACGAGGCCGAGGUGAUGGAGAUGUGUGAUCAGAUCCAGGACGCGCAGCAGCAGGUGACCGUCAAGGCACGUGGAUUUGGCCACUCUGACAUCACUGCGGCACUCCGGGACAUCAGGACGCAGCUGGAAGGUCACAGCGCGUCAGACCUCCGGCAGGUGGGAGAAACUUUCCGAUCUCAGUUUGCGAGAUUGACGGAGGCAGCUGAGAGCAAGAGAGAGGCGUUGAAAGCGAGCCAGCAGGAGAUCCAGGAGUGCAGGAGGCGCCUGCAGGCCAAGAGCAUCGAGCUGGACUGCUCUAGAGGCACCAGGGAGGCGCUGGAGAGUCAGCUGCAUGAUGCUGAGGAUCAACACAAGGAAGAGAUGAUCCAUUACCAGAACACAAUCAAAGAACUUGAAAAUGAGCUCAUCAAUUGCAAAUUUGACAUGUCUGGUUACCUGCGGGAGUACCAGGACCUGUUGAACGUGAAGAUGGCUCUGGAUGUGGAGAUACUGUCAUACAGGAAACUUCUCUGCGGUGAGGAGGCUCGGCUGUCUAGGAUGUCAGACACCCACAUCUCCCUUCCCUACAUCUACCACCAGUCCCCCGUUUACACCCUGCCCUGCCUCAGCCGACCGGGCUGCCCCCACAGACGGGCCGAACCCCAGUACAAGUUCGUAGAGGAGAUCAUAACGGAGACCACCAGGGAAAUUGAGAUGUCAGAAUUUGAGGAGACGGGAUCGGAGACAGAGGUGGAAAAAGACGAGCAGGAGUGUACCAAAAGAGAUAAAGGGAGCAGUGAGGAAGAGAUGGGUAAUAAAGACGGUCGAGAGGAGGAAGGAGAGCAGAUGUCUGACAGUGAGCAGAAUCAAGUAGGGAAUUUAGUGAACGGAGGUGAUGAUGGGACUCCUGGGGAGGUGGAUGAUGGUGGUGAAAAAGGUCAAACAAGUAAAGAGGAGACUGAAGCAGUUGACAGUGGCAUAGUUAUAAAUAUCCAAAGCAAAGUUUUAUUAAGUGAGAGCCUUGAUGAGGAAGAAAAUGAGCAACAUCAAACAGUAGCUAAAAACACAAAAGAAGAGAAAGAAGCUACAGUGGCAAAGGUAACAGUUCAGAAAGAUCUCUCUUCAAAACCAGAUGAUUUAAAGCCAGAGAUCCCUCCAGAGGAUGCACUUCUGAAAAAAUCUGAUGUUAAUGAAGGAGAUGUUGAGAAAGAUAGUUUCAUCUCAGCUCAAGUGAAGAAGCCUGUUGACGAGACCUCGACCCAAGCGUCAAAAGAAUCAGACACAACUCGAGAGCUAAGCCAUGUUCAAGUGCAAGAUGAGGUUUCUGAGAAAACAGCAGAUUUUACCGGAGAAACAAAGAUCACUCUGUCCGUAGAGACGCUUUCAGAAAAGGCUCAAGUAUCUUCGAGUACAACACACAAGAGAGAGGAAAAAGAGAACAGUCAUACGGAGCCAAUGGAAAUCAGUAAAUCUGAAGCUGCGAAAGGUGAAAAUAAAGUAGCAAUUCAAGAUGUUAGCAAUAAAGGUAAAGAGUCUUCUCUUAAAUCGGAUAUGAAAAGUCUUCCUGAAGUGAAGGAUCAGAAGCCGAACAGUGGGGAUAAAACCCUAACAGUCCAAACUGCGUUGCCAGGGGAAAAGACAACUGUCAAUGCAGAAAUCAAAGAGUUGCAUCAGGGGGCAGCGGAAGGAAGCCAGGUUGAGAAAUCAAAGCUGUCUGAAGCUUCACAGAACAUAAAGGAUCCUCAAGGUAAAACGGAGAAGGUGGAGAGUAGUAAGUCAGAGAAAUAAGAGGAAAGUACACUAAAAGCCAAACAUCCGCUGAGGUAUGAGGAAGUGAGGAUGAAAGACAUUUCCAACCUUUGAGACAGCAGUUGACAGGCAAAUAUCAGGGAGACUGAAGCUGAAAAUAGAGAAUACUUAACUAAUGCAGAUGCAAAAUUCAAAGCAUAAGCUGAGCCAAGUGAAAGGAAAGCUGUAAUUUCACUUCAGAAUGAGAGAGCAUGAUUCUACUAAUGUUUGCAAACAGCUUUGCCAUUGAACUUUAAAUGUGAUGCAUUCAAAUCAUUUGACUCACCACUUACUGUAACUAAUGUAAUCAUGAAUGUAAAAGAUGCAAAAUUACAUGUUAAAUUGUGUGUCUCUUUAUUUGCUUUGGUAUGUGCUGACAAAUAAAUGCAAUAUGAAAAAAAAA